AUGCAGUCCUCUCCAAACAUGCUCACAAAGUUUGAGUCGAAAUCCUCGCGAGCCAAGGGGAUCGCAUUCCACCCCAAACGGCCAUGGAUUCUCGUCUCCCUUCACUCCUCGACCAUCCAACUGUGGGAUUACCGCAUGGGAACGCUCAUUGACCGAUUCGAAGAGCACGAUGGACCCGUUCGAGGAAUCGAUUUCCACCCAACCCAGCCCCUGUUUGUUUCGGGAGGCGACGACUACAAGAUCAAAGUCUGGAGCACCCAAACUCGGCGGUGUUUGUUUACCCUGAACGGUCACUUGGACUACGUGCGCACUGUGUUCUUCCACCAUGAACUUCCCUGGAUCCUGUCUGCGUCCGAUGACCAGACCAUCCGAAUCUGGAAUUGGCAGAACCGAUCAUUGAUCUGUACGAUGACCGGCCACAACCAUUAUGUGAUGUGCGCGCAGUUCCACCCCACCGAGGACCUCAUCGCCUCCGCCUCCUUGGACCAGUCGGUCCGUAUCUGGGAUAUCUCCGGUUUGCGGAAGAAGCACUCUGCCCCGACGACCAUGAGCUUUGAAGAUCAGAUGGCCCGCUCCAAUCCCAACCAGGCCGAUAUGUUUGGCAACACCGAUGCGAUUGUGAAAUUUGUGUUGGAGGGCCACGAUCGUGGGGUGAACUGGGUAUCCUUCCACCCAUCAUUGCCCUUGAUCGUGUCGGCGGGCGACGACCGGCUUAUCAAGCUGUGGAGGAUGAGUGAAACCAAGGCAUGGGAAGUCGAUACCUGCCGCGGCCAUUUCCAGAACGCCUCUGCCUGUCUGUUCCACCCGCACCAAGAUCUUAUCCUUUCCGUCGGCGAGGACAAGACCAUUCGAGUGUGGGACCUUAACAAGCGGACUUCUGUGCAAUCCUUCAAGCGUGAUACGGAUCGCUUCUGGGUUAUCGCUGCGCACCCCGAGAUCAACCUGUUCGCUGCGGGUCACGAUACUGGUGUUAUGGUGUUCAAGCUCGAGCGGGAGCGCCCUGCGUCUGCGGUCCAUAUGAACCAACUCUUCUACAUCACAAAGGAGAAGCACGUCAAGUCAUACGACUUCGGCAAGAACGUUGAAUCGCCCCCGAUGCUCUCAUUGCGCAAGCUCGGCUCCCCUUGGGUUCCUCCCCGCACAGUCUCUUACAACCCGGCAGAGCGGGCCAUUCUGGUCACUUCGCCGGCUGACAAUGGCACUUACGAGUUGAUUCACCUGCCCAGGGAUCCUACCGGAGCCGUCGAGCCCACGGACGCUCUGCGUGGUCAGGCUUCAUCUGCGGUCUUCGUCGCCCGAAACCGUUUUGCCGUCUUCAAUCCCUCCAACCAGCAGGUUGACAUCAAGGACCUCAGCAACUCUACGACCAAGACGAUCAAGGCUCCGGCGGGCACGACCGACAUCUACUUUGGUGGCACUGGCUGCCUCCUCUUUAUCACCCCCACCUCGGUCGUUCUCUUCGAUAUUCAGCAGAAGAAGGAGUUGGCAGAGGUUGCGGUCAGCGGUGUGAAGUACGUGGUUUGGUCGAACGACGGUCUCUACUGUGCUUUGCUCAGCAAGCACAAUGUGACUAUCGUGACCAAGACCCUCGAGCAGGUUAGCACUCUGCACGAAACCAUUCGGAUUAAGAGUGCCACCUGGGAUGAUGCCGGUGUGCUUCUCUACUCGACCCUGAACCAUGUUAAGUACUCUCUCCUCAACGGUGACAACGGCAUUAUCCGCACUCUCGACCAGACGGUGUACUUGGUGCGCGUUAAGGGACGGAACGUCUACUGCCUCGACCGCAGUGCUCAGCCACGCAUCCUCGAAAUCGAUCCUACCGAGUAUCGAUUCAAGCUGGCCCUAGUCAAGCGAAACUACGAUGAAAUGCUGCAGAUCAUCAAGAAUUCGAGUUUGGUUGGCCAGAGCAUCAUCUCGUACUUGCAAAAGAAGGGCUACCCGGAGAUUGCUCUGCAAUUCGUCCAAGAUCCCCAGACCCGGUUUGACCUCGCUCUCGAAUGCGGAAACCUUGAAGUUGCUACCGAGAUGGCGCGCGAACUUGACCGUCCCAACUACUGGAAUAAGCUCGGGGUUGAGGCCCUGGCCCACGGUAACCACCAGACAGUCGAAAUGACCUAUCAGAAGCAACGGAACUUCGAUAAGCUCUCUUUCCUCUACCUGUCUACGGGUGACCAGGAGAAGCUUGCUCGGAUGGCUAAGAUCGCUGAGCAUCGGGGUGACUUCACCUCGCGUUUCCAAAACGCCGUCUAUCGUGGUGAUGUUGAGGACCGGAUCCAGAUGUUUAAGGAGGUGGAUUUGUAUCCUCUUGCUUAUCUGACCGCCAAGUCGCAUGGCAUGACCGAGGAGGCCGAGUCCAUCCUCGAAGCCUGUGGUCUCACAGAAGACCAAAUCAGCUUGCCUCAAGUCGAGGAGCCCUUGAAGGUUGCGCACCCGAUUGUGCCGACUUUCAAGAACAACUGGCCGGUUAAGACUGCUGGCCACUCUUCCUUCGAGAAAGCACUGCUCGGGGAAGUUGGAGCCGGUGAUGAGGAGGCCGGUGCUGAUGGUUUCGAUAUUGAGGAAGAGGAGCAGGAAGCUGUUGUUGCUCAUGAUACCCUGGAAGAUGAAGAGGAGGAUGCUUCCGGAUGGGACAUGGGUGAUGAUGUCAAUGUUGAGGAGGACGUUGACUUUGUCAACGUUGAGAGCACCGAUGCUGGAGCAGGCGGCUCUGAGGCCGAUCUGUGGGCUCGUAACUCUCCGCUAGCAGCCGACCAUGUCGCUGCUGGCUCCUUUGACACUGCUAUGCAGCUUCUGAACCGCCAGGUGGGUGCCGUCAACUUUGCUCCUCUCAAGCAUCGUUUCUUGGAGAUCUACAAGGCGUCGAAAACCUACCUCCCCGCCAGUGCUGGCCUCCCAUCUCUCGUUAACUAUGUGCGGAGAACAGUUGACGAGACGGAAAGUCGCAAGGUGCUGCCCAUUAUCCCGCGUGAUCUGGAGUUCGUUGCCACAAGUGCCCUCCAAGAAGGCUAUGCGACCAUGCGCGCCAACAAGCUGGAGGAGGGAGUUCGCAUCUUCAGGGAUAUCCUGCACACUCUUCUCGUCAACACGGUGUCUUCUGAAGAGGGAGCGGAGCAGGCGAAGAAGAUCAUCGCCAGUGCUCGGGAAUACAUCCUUGCGAUGUCGGUUGAGCUGGAGCAUCGUGCCCUCGGUACCGAUGACGAGGCUGAUCUGAAGCGGAAACUGGAGCUGUCUGCAUACUUCACCAUCCCCAAGCUCGAGGUCGCUCACCGGCAGCUGGCGUUGAUGGCUGCCAUGAAAUUCGCCUUUACCCACAAGAACUACGCUUCCGCCCUGAGCUUCGCCAACCGCAUGCUAGCCAACGGCGGCUCCGCCAAACUUCUAGACCAGGCCCGAAAGAUCAAGACUCAGUGCGAGCGCAAUCCGCAAGACAAGAUUGAAAUCGACUUCGACCCCUUUGCCGAGUUCGACAUCUGCGCCGCCUCGCACACCCCGAUCUAUGGCGGCUCUCCCAGUGUCUCGGACCCCUUCACCGGUGCCAAGUACCACCCGCAGUAUAAGGGUACCGUUUGCCGGAUAUCCCAGGUGACAGAGAUUGGUGCCCCGGCCAGCGGCCUCCGUCUCUACGUGCCGAAUCAGUUCUAG